AUGAACUAUACUCCUGACAGCAGCCCAGCUCCAGGUCUGACCGUCAGUCCCACCAUGGACCCUGUGACCUGGGUCUACUUUUUGGUGACAUUCCUGGCCAUGGCCACCUGUGUGUGUGGGAUGGCAGGCAACUCCGUGGUGAUUUGGCUCCUGAGCUUCCACAGUGAGCAGAGGUCCCCCUUCUGUGUCUACGUGCUCAACCUGGCGGUGGCUGACUUCCUCUUCCUGCUCUGCAUGGCCUCCCUUCUCAGCCUGGAAACAGGGCCCCUGCUCACAGCCAGCACCUCCGCCAGAGUCUACGAGGGGAUGAGGAGAAUCAAGUACUUUGCCUAUACAGCAGGACUGAGCCUGCUGACGGCCAUCAGCACCCAGCGCUGCCUCUCCGUGCUUUUCCCCAUCUGGUAUAAGUGCCACCGGCCCCAGCACCUGUCAGCGGUGGUAUGUGGUGCACUCUGGGCACUGGCCCUCCUGAUGAACUUCCUGGCUUCUUUCUUCUGCGUCCAGUUCUGGCAUCCCAACGAAUACCAGUGCUUCAAGGUGGACAUGGUUUUCAACAGUCUUAUCCUGGGGAUCUUCAUGCCGGUCAUGGUCCUAACCAGUGCCAUCAUCUUCAUCCGGGUGCGGAGGAACAGCCUGCUGCAGAGACGGCGGCCCCGGCGGCUGUUCGUGGUCAUCCUGGCUUCCGUCCUUGUCUUCCUCACCUGUUCUCUGCCUUUGGGCAUCAACUGGUUCUUACUCUACUGGGUGGAACUGCCACGGGAUGUGAGGCUCCUGUAUAUCUGCGCGUCACGCUUCUCUUCGUCUUUGAGCAGCAGCGCCAACCCGGUUAUCUACUUCCUCGUGGGUAGCCAGAAGAGCCACCGGCUGCAGGAGUCCCUGGGUGCUGUGCUGGGGCGGGCACUUCGGGAUGAGCCUGAGCCAGAGGGCAGGGAAACUCCAUCCACAUGUACCAAUGAUGGGGUCUGA